AUGGCUGCUGCUGCUGGCACUGGCGGCACCGGCCAUUCCCGUCGCUCGCAUCCCAACCUGCACCAGCUCAACCUGUCCAUCGCCCCGCUGAGCUCGGCCUACUACGACCCCGCCUCCGACCACCACCCGCGCACCUCGUACCUCGUCCCCAAAACCGCCCCCACCACUCCAGGAAUCCUCUCGCGCAGCCCCUCGCAGCAUCGCAACCGCCAUGGUCGCUUGCACGCCCACUACGACGACAACAACGACAUCGACAACCCCACCGCCGACGACAGCUACUUCCCCCGCAACGCCCUCCCCAAAAAGGCCAAAAGCGAUGCCGCCCUGCCUGGCCCCGCCGCCCUCGCCUCCGGCCCCCGCCAUCACACGCGCAAGGGCAGCGUCCGCCGCAGCGCCGCCGCACCACCACCAGCAUCGCACCGCCACGCGGCGCCCACCGCCACAGCCGACGACUGGCUGUACCGGGCGGGGCUAGCCAUCGCGUGCGAGACGCGCGAGCUCAAGGGCCAGUCGUGGCUCAGCCGCCGCGACAGCAGCACCUCGCUGGUGCGGGCCUCGUCGCUGUCGUCCGACGAGGACGAGGUGCCCGAAGACGCGGCCGCGGCGCGCCGCCGCCUGCGCAGGCUGGAGCUCAGUCUCAGCCGCAGUGGCAGCGCGCGCCCUUCGCGUCGCGGCAGCGGCGUCCGCGGCAGCAGGCCGGAUCUGCUGGGGAUGAGCGGGGGGGUGGGGACACGGACGCCGUCGGCGCUCGUCGUCGAGGAGGGCGAGGGGUAUUUUGGCGGCGAGGCGGCGGCUGCGGCCGUGGUGGGCAUGGAGCCGGACUUUGUGGAGCCCGGUGACGACGACCUGGACGACGGCGCGGCCAUUGACGGCGGCGCCGACGCCGAGGCGGAAAUUGCGCGCCUGGCGCGCGAGCGCGGCUUCGGGCUCGGCGGGCUGGUCGACCGCCUCAUUGGGUGGACGCUGUUCAGCGUGGCCGAGGACGGCGAGGAAGACGACGACGACGACAGCGCGAGCGAGAGCGACGAGCGUAGCGAGCGUAGCGAGCAUGCCGCCGAUAUCUCCGCUCCACAAGCGGCAGCGGAAGGUUCCGCCCAAAAAGAAGCAGCAGAGGCAGGGCUGCCCGCGGCGCGCAAAGAACAUCGUCGGCUCGACGCCAGCAGGGUGCGUGCGGAAGCGGAGAUGGCGAAGCCCGGGCAGGCGGCGCCCGAGGACGGCGGCGGCGGGUGGGGCGACGCGGCGUGGUUGCUGAGCGUGGCGGCGAGGGUGCUGCUGUGA